CUGCUCCUCCCCCAGCGCACGCCAACCAAUGCCCGCACGCUCCAUAAGUCGCCUCGCCGCUGCCCGUCUUCCCCAACUGACCGGAGCGCUGGGGCCAAAAGAUCAUGACGUGGCACUACGCUUGGCAUUGAUUCGUUGCGGGCUGGCCCUAACGAUGACGUGGCGCCUAUCUGAUCACGCCCCGGACUUGAAACGCAUCCAAAACCCCUAGUUCAUAAUCACGUUCAAGUCCGGAGGAUCUGUCCGUCCCUCUUUAAUUGCCUUCCUCUCUUUUGUCUAACCAUUUGCACCGUCUGCAAUUUCUACACGCCCCUCUCUCUCUCUCUCUCUCUCUCUCUCUCUCUCUUUCUCUUUGUGUUAAUCUCUCUGUCUUGUUAUCGAUCUUGGGUUUUUGUUUGUGUUAAUCUCUCUGUCUUGUUAUCGAUCUUGGGUUUCUGUUCGGGUAGUUAGGGUUCAUCUGAAGAUAAUUUCAGGGGAUUUGCGAAUGACUAGCCCUAAGAAGCAAGAUUUUAAUGAGAACGGCAAGAUCGGCGACUCAGAUCGCGUUGAUAGGUCCAACAGCGAAGGAUCACAUGAUUCGUCGUCCUUUGGUGUUGUUUCUGUUGAUUCUGAUGCGUCGGGCGUCCGAUCUGGCGAGAACGGUGGUUCUCGUGAUGAGAUCGGGGUAACGGAGCGAUCAACGGAUAUUCUUGUUGAUGGAGAUGGAGAUCUGUUGCUUCAGCAGGAAGAUAGAGUCAUACAGUGGCUGCAGGCUCUGGAUUUGCAGGUAAUGGGGGCUUGCCGCGCCGAUGAGAGAUUGAAGCCAUUGCUGAAGCUCAAUGUUUCGAGCGGUAUGGCUGAAGAACGACUCCUGACCCAUCUGAAUCAGCACUUCGAGGCAUCGGAAGUUGGUAUGCUAGCCAGAUGCUUGUGCAUUCCUCUUGUAUCGAUUCGUGUUGGAAAGAUAAUGAAGCAAGGGACUCUCCUAUGCCCGACUGCCACAAGGGGAAGUUUAAAUCUGACACUCUUGCCGACAUCUGAUUUACGCAUUUCAUUUGUUGGGGAUGAUGGUUGCACAGAGAGAUUGUCUACUUUAAGCAAUGGCCAGUGCUCUGCUGUAGCAAUUGAAGGAAUUCUAGCUGAAAGUUCUGGUCGAUCUUUUCUCAUAAAGGUCCCUGGUGGUGAAGUUUUUUACUUUUGGUGUUCAGAGAAAUCAAAGCUCUUAGGGAUUGAGUUGCUUUCUAAGAUGAAGGAUAUACUUGAGAGGAAGCCAUCCCUUUCUGAACUGACAGGAAUCAGUGAGGCACGGCUUGACUGCUUUGCAACUCAUCUCCGUGCCUAUCUUGUUGGUUCGACGGUGAAGAAUCCUCAAGCAAGUUCGACAACUGCAGAAACCAUUUCCCUCGAUAUUACACUUGAACAUUCUGAAUCGACUCGAAAUGCCCAUUUACUGUCCGUAUCAUCUAAGUCAUUGCGCUCCCGACACAAUGGAACUCAAGCAGUGAAGGCAAAUUCACCAUAUCAAGGUAGCCUCAGUCCAAGAUCUAGUUCAUUUAAAGAAGGCCUUCCUAGAAGUUUGUCUUCCUUGAGAAGUGCUGCUAGAGAGAAGUUAAGACGUCGUGGGGAUGGCCAUCUCUCAGCUACUGACAAUGAACCUGUUUUUACAUCCAUCACCGUGGCUGCAACUAGUUCUUUGGAGUCUGGAAAGGACAAACCUGCUGGAGUAACUGGAACUGGUCCCCUGUCUACAAGUUUCCUGGAAUCUUUAAGGGCAUCUGCUGUUUCAAUUGCUAUGAGCCCAGUACCUCCACAUCCUCCUCCUGGUUCAUCAUUUUUUUCUCCUUACUAUUGUUGGUGCCCACCAAUUGCAUCAACACUGCAAUACACUGUAGCACCUCCGCAGCACUCUAUAUCACCUGAGCCAUCUCUGCCGCCACUUUCAUCUUUGUUACCCGCCACUGGACCCUCUAGCAUGUUAACGUCAAUGCCAACCCUUGAUUUGUCCAAGAUUCCUUCAGUGGUAGAUUUUCCAGCUUUCCUUCCUGAACCAUUGGUUCGAUUGCCUUUCACCACCCAUAGUGCACAGCAGAUUCCGACCUUCACACCUUUGAUGUGUGACCCCAUUGUUCAUGUUCCAGUUAUUGAUGUUUGCUCCGCUGGCCAAGGGUAUCUGGUGAGUGCUGGGCCUUCCAUUUCAACAAGCAUGCCUCCUUUGCACCCUAAAAUUGUGAACCCAUUGAUUCCAGAGGCUGAAUCUGUGGUGGAGAAGGGUGCUAGAGAGACUCUACGGCUGCUCAUCAGUGGUUCCAACCAGAGUAGCCCACAGUUAAUGGAUGUGUUACCUGCAGUUCUAACAAACUCUGAUGAAAAACAAAGUGUGUUGGUUACUGGAAGCCGGGGUCUCUACAAUGGAACCAGAGAUGUUGGUGCCCUAGCCAGCAGCAUUGCAGCAAUGGGGUUGGCCUCAUUAUCUGUGAGAUCUGUAGCAGCAGGUAGCGUAGUCAAGAGAUGCAGCGGCCAUGAAGAUAGGGAGAACCAGACGGAGGGGUCUGGAGGCACUGGUGGACCGAGUGCAGAUGAGGAGAGAAGGGAUUGAUUGAAUUUUAUGGAUAUAUAUGUAAUACUCUGUAAGUCAUAGCUUUUGUCUCUGGCCUUUUGUCUGUUUUUGUUGUGAAAAUGUAGAUAUGGGCUGUAGGUUUUGGUUCUUAAAUGUAAUUACCUCGAGUCCAGCUGCCAUUUAACGAAAUCUUGUGUUUUUUUUGUUAUUUUGAAUGUUUUGAGCUGGCAAUGUAGUAUUUCUUUUUUAAUA